AUGUCCUCGACUUCCGAAGCCACUCCUGACGGGGCAGCUCCAGCUUCCGACGUCAUCCUCAACGACGCGCUUGCCGAAGUCGAUGCUGUCGUUGAUACCGAGGACGUGCCCGAAGACGACAGUGGCGAUCUUUACAGCGACGGUGACGCCUCUUCCGAGGCCGAAUUUGCUGUCGCCGUUGCCGAGGACAACCAAACUAUUCAGGUGAACGAUACAACACAUGACACCGAAGCCGACGGUGUUGAUGAACCUCAUGAGGCUCCUAACUGUAGCAUCCGUGAUGCUAGCAGUGGCGGCAAUGCUGAAGACGCUGGCGCUGCCGGCGGCCUCAGUGAGGGUGAGGCCGAGGUCAAUGAAAGCUCUGCAGUGGCGCCGCCAUCGUCAUCGGAUGAAACAGCACUCGGCACAGGCGACACUGAGUCUGCUGCACAUGGUACUUCUGAGAGACCGCAGCCUGAUGCUGACCAAAGAGGUACUGCUGACGCCGUACAUGCGUCUUAUGCCUCCGCUGGUCCUCUUGAUGCAUCGCCUCCUUCCGCCUCGCCUCUGGCUGAGACAAAGAAUGCUGAAUCGCUUCUUCCAGACAAUGUCAAUGAAAUUAAUGACGCCGAGGAUGUCAGAGAGGCAGACGAUGCCCCUAAUGUUGACUUGACUGCCGCUGAUGUUGAUGUUGUUGCCGAGGAUUCUCCUUCCGCAGUCCCUGCCGUGGCCAGGUCCCCGUCUCCUCUUCCCUACAUUGACGAUAUCGCUAUGCUCGACACGGGAGAGCCAGGCGAAAUUCUCCCAGGCUGUCCUACUGAGUCGUCGUUUACGUCCUCUCUCCAGCCUCAAGCCACAUCGGCCACUUCGGUGGACGCUGACGAAAAGGCUCAUUUCUCGGAGAAUGGCAGUGGCCCGGGAUUAGAUUUUGACAAGAUGAUAGAUGCUAUUUCAGCCGAUGCUGCUAAACCGCCUGCAGGUGCAUCACAGGCUCCCAUUGGAGCACCCAAAGGUCCUUCCAAGCCCUUCCCACGACCUCCUACUGGUCCUGCUAGUAUGACUGGGAGACACCAAAACAACCCUAACCUCCCGAAGCCACCCGGUGUAGCCGUGCCUGGAAGUACUGGCGGUGCAGCUCUCCUGGGUGCCCCUCCACAGCUCCCAGCCGGCGGUGGUGGCAGACGCGGUCAAGCUGCUCGUGCUGCCCAGGGCCAGACCCCGGCUGCUCCUCGACAGGCGAAUAAUGCGCGUGAAAAGGCCGCUGUAGACCGGGCCUAUCAAGCGUUUCUGAAUGAAGAGAAGAUACAUGUUGCAGAGGGCAAAUGGGAGGCAUUUCCUGAAGGCUCGCGCAUGUUUGUUGGAAAUCUGUCGCAAGAGCGAGUCAGCAAGCGUGACGUUUUCGAGAAGUUUCACCGAUAUGGCCGUCUAGCACAGAUUGCGAUUAAAUCGGCGUAUGGGUUUGUCCAAUACCACUCUGUGACGGAGGCGUCAGCGGCCAUGAGAGAACUUGAAGGCGCUGAGAUCCGUGGGCGGAAGAUUCGUACGUUGCAGCAUCUGCCCUAUUUGCAAUUUUCAAUGCGGUUUGUUAACAUAGCCAUAGACUUGGAAAUCUCGAAACUGCAAACAAAAGACAAGGGUCGCGAUCGGGAUGCUGGACAAGGUCGUGAACGUGACCGCGUGCGGGGCGGCAAAGAUCGUUCACCUGAGCGGACAAGAAACAGAGGCGGCCGAAAUCGAGAGGCAGAUCGUUAUGACGGCCGCAGCCAGGAUAAUAACCGACACCCGACAGGCGAUCGCUACUCUGACUCGCACGGCGGACAUGACACGUCUACUCGCCAAGGGUAUGGUUGGAACGGCCCAUAUGGCUCAGAACGAGGGGGCCAUGACGACAAUAGCCACCGAUCCCGCGACCGGUCGAGGUCGCCUUAUCGACACAGUGGCGAUGAUGACGGCCGUAGAGGAUACCGCGCUCGCCGCUCUCCAAGCCCAUAUAGCCGAAGCAGGAACAGCAAUGGCCGUGGCAGUUCGGAUCUGUUGAAGACGCGGUACGGUGCUAAUGUGCCCGACGUACAGUUCCUAGUUGCACAAGGGCUGGACCGCGAGUUCAUCAAGUGGGCACAAGCGCCGUUCAAGGACCGCGGACUGACGACGGACGUGACCUUCUUGACUUCACACACGCCGCCACGCGACUCUAUUAUUCAAGUACACAUUUUGGAAGGUGUCAUCGCCGUCGUUGAUCUAAACAGCCGGGAACAGGCCAAUGGCAAGAUCCCUUUGCAGGUCUUCAAUCGCCAGGCCGGGGCUAGCAACGUGCGAUUUGAUGGCUACCAAGACCUUGCACCAUCCGUUGCCGCCGAUGUUGUCCUUAGAGCGAAAUCCGCUGCGGUGAUCCAGCAACCUCCACAAUAUCAUGCACACCAAGCGCCUUACUCUCAAGGCUACCAAGGCGCACCUGGCCAUGGCCAGCCAUAUGCACCCUCGCAAGCAGCUGGGUACCCAUCUGUCAGCCCGGCUACCACCACCGCACCCACAAAUGGUAUCGACUUGGCCUCACUGGUCGGCCAGCUUGACAAUACCGCCCUGGCGCAGCUCCUUGGUGCAAUGCAGGCAACGCAAGCCACUCCUACCGUGGCCCCUUCUCCUGCGACGACUUAUGGACAGCCUCCAGCAGCGGCUCAGUAUGCGCCGCAUAACAAUGUUACACAACAAUCCCAGCUCGCCGCGUUGCUGAGUUCACUUGGAGCAUCAACUGCGUCCUCUACCACUGCACCAUCUGCGUACGCAUCAACAACUGCUCCAUAUGCCCGCGGUCUCACUGCAUCACAACCUGUACCAACCGGGUACCAAACUGCCGCCCCCCAAGGGCUCGAUGAACAGGCUCUCCAAGCUCUCAUGGCUCAUUUUGCCCCGCCACGGCAGUGA